AUGCCAAAAAUAACAACAACUCAUUUACAUCCAAAUGCGUGGCAAAAAAUGUCAGUGAAAUAUGCAACUCAAAUAUUUAGCAAAUCAGUUUCAGCAUCAAUUCGUACAUGUAUCGCUACUGGAGACUUAACAUCAGGCACAGCAGAAGACACAGCAGAAUUUGUAAUGCAAAUCAAUGACACUUUUGAUAUUUUAAACAGUAAAAGCUUAUACGACAAAAAUCCUAAUUCUCGGCCACUAAGUGAAGCUAACAAAAACUUAUUUCAAACUUUAAAAAAUACAUGUAACAUAUUCCUCGAAGCUAAAAAACUACAUAAAAACAAAAAUAUAAAGUCACAACCUCCUUGCUUUACCGGAAUUGUUUGGUCAAUCAACUCGAUUUUAGCACUGUAUGAAAUUGAAAAAUCAGAUGUAUUGAAUAAAUGUGAUACUGAAAAACCGUAUUUCUUAUUGACCAACCGUUUAUGCCAGGACCCACUAGAAAAUCUUUUUUCUAUAAUGCGGCAAAAGAACGGGUAUAAUCGUAAUCCAACUUCAAGGAUGUUCAGAAGUUGUUAUGCAAACAUUUGUACAUUUAGCCUUAUGAAAUGUUCAGAGUUGUGUAACUGUGAAGAAGACAAUGAUGUUUUUCUUACAGUUGAUGUUCUAUCUGAUGUGUCUAAUACUGAAGGAACCACUAUUGAACACAAAGAAGAUGAAGUAUUAGAUGAAUUAGAAAAUUCAUCAUCAAAUUCAAAUUCAGAUUGGUCUCCAAAUACAUAUGUUCCAGAAGAAACAACCACAUUAGAAACAUGUUCAAUUGUAUACUUUGCUGGUUAUUUAGUAAAAAAAUGUCUGGAUUUUUUCAACUGUAACAUCUGCUUAGAACAAUUAAUUAAAAACAAUGAUGAAAUGAACGACAAAAAUCAAUUAUUGAUUUUGAAUAAAACAUAUAGAGGUGUUAUUCAUGGAGGUUUGAAGACACCCACAAAUGAAUUUGUAAACAUAUGUACAAUGUGUUUAAAAUACUUUGAAAAAAAUUGGGAGUCUAUAAAAAGUAAAAAAGGAAUAGUAAAAACAUUAAUGCAGUCAAUAUCUUUAUCAGAUAUAAUACCCUCAUUCGACAGCCAUCCGUGCAAAGAACACUAUUUAUACAUUAUUCGCCUACUGUUUGUUACUAAAAUUUUUCAUACAUGUAAGCAAAUUAAUGAACAGUCAACAAUUAAAUCAAUAUCAUCAACAACUAAACCACAUUCCAAGUUAAGAAUUUUAAAUAAUCAAUGA